UUAUUUUUCAUUUACAAAUAUGUCGUUUCACUUUUUCCUCCGAUAUGCCAAAAUUGAUGGGGCUAUAUGAUAUGGAUAUGAUUCAUUUUAGAAUGGAGGGUGUACGUCUUUUAAUCACAUUCUUUCAUAAUUUGCCUGUAAAGUUAAAAUUGAUGAUUUACCUAUUUUGUUUCUAUCGUAAUAAUCAUAUACCCAAGAAGUGGAUCACGAGUGCAUAUCUUUACUUCGCACGUUUUUUUUUAGGGAAACUUCGCACGGUUUAAAUGUUGAUCUCCACGAGGCUUUUGUCCGUUAAUCCAUUUAAGCGUUUCUUUGGGACUUGCCGGUGUGUGGGUACUUAGUGUUAGUGUUGUCGUGCGUUAUCCAUGUAAUUAGAAAAAAAAACAUUGCUAUUGUUUGCAAGAAUUUUGAGUUUUUUUUCCUGAUUUCUCAAAAAUCAGACUCACAAAGUCAUAGUGCCCGUUGCCUGGUCAUGGCUAGCACGACAUGAAAUUCAACUCGACCAUACUCUCUAAAAAGACGAGAAUUUAUAAUUAGAUGUGAUAUAUUAUAGUACAACGAAUCUUGACAGAAAUAUGUCUAAAUUCAUAGUAAUAUAAUGUGUUAUAUCCAGCACUAAGUUAUUUUUUUACAUGAUAAAGUGAGCAUAAUAUUCACACAUCUCUUAAAAAUAUAUGUUUGUGUAAGUAAGGGGGUGUUUGGGAGAGAGAGGCUAAACUCUCAAAAACAUAAACUCUCCAAAACAUAAGUCCUCUCUCCAAACACCCCCUAGAAGACUACAAAAAUCGUGUUGAGUUGCACUUUGCGUCUUCGUCACUUCGCUCAUCACAUCACAGGUAGAGGGUCCCACUGCAGGCGGGCCCUACAAAUACUCCCUGCCCUCGUUGCCCACUCUUCCCCUCAAAUUUCCUCCUCGCCUCGCCUCGCCUCGUCCCCCACCCACCAGAUCUAAGCAGGUUGAAAUGGCCACGACGCAGCACUCCAACGGCGGCGCCGCCGGCGACAACGGCGAGGCCGCGCCGCCGUCGGUUCCGCCCUCCCUCGCGCCGCCGCGGAAGGUGGCCCUGGUGACGGGCAUCACGGGGCAGGACGGGAGCUACCUGACGGAGCUGCUCCUCGGCAAGGGCUACGAGGUGCACGGCCUCAUCCGCCGCUCCUCCAACUUCAACACCCAGCGCCUCGACCAUAUCUACCACGACCCGCACUCCCAGCCGUCGACGCCGCGCCCCCCGAUGCGCCUCCACUACGCUGACCUCUCCGACUCCUCCUCCCUCCGCCGCGCGCUCGACCACAUCCUCCCCGACGAGGUCUACAACCUCGCCGCCCAGUCCCACGUCGCCGUCUCCUUCGAGGUCCCCGACUACACCGCCGACGUCACCGCCACCGGCGCGCUCCGCCUCCUCGAGGCCGUGCGCCUCGCCAGCAAGCGCAUCCGCUACUACCAGGCGGGGUCCUCCGAGAUGUUCGGCUCCACGCCGCCGCCGCAGAGCGAGUCCUCCCCCUUCCACCCGCGCUCCCCCUACGCCGCCGCCAAGGUCGCCGCCCACUGGUACACCGUCAACUACCGCGAGGCCUACGGCCUCUUCGCCUGCAACGGCGUGCUCUUCAACCACGAAUCCCCACGCCGCGGCGAGAACUUCGUCACCCGCAAGAUCACCCGCGCCGUCGGCCGAAUCAAGGUCGGGCUCCAGACCAAGGUCUUCCUCGGCAACCUCUCCGCCGCCAGGGACUGGGGAUUCGCCGGGGACUACGUCGAGGCAAUGUGGCGCAUGCUGCAGCAGGACAAGCCCGGCGACUACGUCGUCGCCACCGAGGAGUCCCACACCGUCGAGGAGUUCCUCCAGGCCGCCUUCGGCUAUGCAGGGCUCAACUGGAAGGAUCAUGUAGUCAUUGACAAGAAGUACUUCCGCCCCGCCGAGGUGGACAGCCUCCAGGGGGAUGCAACCAAGGCCAGGAAGGAGCUUGGGUGGAAGCCCAAGGUCGGGUUCCAGCAGCUCGUCGAGAUGAUGGUUGAUAACGACAUUGAGCUUGCCAAGAAGGAGAAGGUCCUCGUCGAUGCCGGGUACCGUGAUCCCAAGCAGCAGCCAUAGAAUUGGCUACCAUAUGGUUUGGUUCUUGGGAGAUUGGGGUUGCAUUAUUACCUAGAAACUGAUACAUUGUGGCUGUCACAGAAGAGGUGGGCUCAAGUUAACCAUCGGUGUUUCCUUGAGGUAGGAAUAAGGAGUGUUGCUGUUUGAUCGAUCCUAUAGUGCUUUUCAUUACGUUUUACUAUGUCAUAUUGCUGUGUCCUCUUAACAGAUAAUAAUAAUAAACGAGUCGAUGCCAUUUGCAAAGAAAUGUGUAGUUAUGUGUCUUACUAUGAAACAAGAUUUGUCCUUCUGUAUCGUGGAUCGAUGCCAUCUCUAUUCUCUUAGCACUUUGUAACAUGUGGUUAGUGCACAAUUGGAAAAAUGAAUCUUCUGUCCA